AGUUAAAAAAAUGUUUAUUUCUCAAACUGAAACAUUAUUUCUCUAUCUCUUGACCUUUUAGUACACAUUUUUGUAUAUUCGGUUUUACUAAAUCAAGUCAAACCUGUUCCAGGUAAUGUGAUGUUAUACAUGAUAGGUUUCAUUUAGGGUGGGGUGGCUAAGUUGCAACGCUUUUAAAUCAAGGCUCCACCUCAGGAACCUAGGAAUGUUAGGUAGGAGAUGAGGAAGUCCACAGCUUGCCAAGAACUUCAGCUAUUCCAUAAACAAUCUGAUUACGUAUCCCGACUCUUGCACACGAAACAGGUUAUCCAAGUCUUAAACUUGAUGCUUUUGUGCAGUAUGAACCACCCUUUCCGUGGACAUAAUCAUGCAUUUGCACAUUUAAAUACCAUUUUCUAUGAACAGAUCAGUAUGCCAAAAACCACUGCAAAGUCUACACACACCUUGCCUUGACUUUCUGUACAUUUCUAGUAUUAAAAGAAUGGUGUAGGCAAAAUAAAAAAAGAUAUAUGUGUAAGAAAAAAAAGACAUGCAUGAAAUGGUUUAAUUUUAGGGAACUAGAUUUACAUUUCAUCUGAAAAGAGUAUCAAUAAUAUAUAAUAGACCUUUGAAAGUUAGAUGCAUAGUUCUGCGAAAGUGGUGCCUAAGAACAGUAUGUCAACUGACGAAUUUUUUCCAUAAAGAAUCUGAUUUUGCUAGACUACCUAAUCACCAAUUAACAUCCUCUAGUAGGGAAAAAAAUAUGCUUGGUGACAUGUUUAAAUCGCUGUCAAGAAUACUGAAGAUGAAUGAUCUUCCAAUCAAGUAGCUAUUUGAUUUAGUAAUAACAACUAAAAGAUGGGAAUCCUCUUCUUCACACACUUAUUUUAAGCUCCAAAGUAAUUCCAUAGAUUCAACAUUUAACACGUAUAUUCAAUAUUACACUUUUUUUUCCGGAGUGAAAUGGCUCUGAAUGCCUUACAGAAUUUGCCCUGCUCUCCUUAACUAAAUACUUUGUCUAUUAAUACUUCUUUCUUCUUUUCCCCUUGUUCUUUCUGUGCCAGACCCACACACGUCUGCUGUAAUUGAACAUGCCAGGCACAUUCUCCAUUUAAAGCCUUUUAACAGCUGCUGUCUCUGCCUAGAAUACUCUUACUUGGGCACACACAAAACUAGCUUCCUGGCCUCCCUCAACUGUCUGCUCAAACUUCACCUCCUUAAUCAUGUCUAUCUGUCCCUCUUAUUUAAAAUUGUGACUCUACCACUUCUGAUCUCCAUACUUGAUGCCCCUGGCCUCCCUUUUUCUCCACAGCAUUUAUCACUAACAUCCCAUGUAAUUUUCUUAGGUAUUAUGUUUAUUGCCCAUUUCUCACCUAGAACAUACGCCUCAGGGUGGAAGAAGUUUGUCUUUUUGUUGCUGUUCACUGCUUAUCCCCAGUGUCAGGAGACAUGCUUGGCACAUUGUAGGUCCGCAGUAAAUAUUUUUUGAAUUAAUAAAGAAUAUUUCUACCAUCUGCUAGCUUACUGUUCAUGCAGGAGCUCAAAUGUGCUUUAAGCAUGUGGUAUGUUUCAAAAGUCAAACUUCCUCCUUAGGGAGAACACUGUCAUCUUCUCCUUUAAAAAGAAAAAUAGGAAAAAAAGCAAAACAAAACAUCACCUUCUCAUUUCCCCACCUCCAACAAACAGUGUUGAGUUUUCUAAAGAAAUAAUACAAAUGGAUAAAACUGCAAUUUGUUGUCCUUUCUCUCACAUGCAAAAAAAAAAGAAAAGAAAAGAAAAGAAAAAAAAAACUGCCGAGAUUUCGGCAGCGUGCUGAGCUUCAUCAAAGCAUUAAGACAAUGCUGCUUGAGACGUCAGAGGCUCAUCCAGGAAGUGCAACCCAGAGGGCAGGAUUUCCUGCUGGACUUUGAAAUCCAAUCCGGUCACCUACCCGCGCGACUGUGUUCACGGAUGGCACGAAAGCCAAGCGAGUCCCCCUGCCGAGCUACUCGCGUCCGCCUCCUCCCAAGCUGAGCUCUGCUCCGCCCACCUGAGUCCUUCGCCAGUUAGGAGGAAACACAGCCGCUUAAUGAACGGCUGCAUCGGGCUGGGAGAGAAAGCUCGCGGGUCCCACCGGGCCUCCUACCCAAGUCUCAGCGCGCUUUUCACCGAGGCCUCAAUUCUGGGAUUUGGCAGCUUUGCUGUGAAAGCCCAAGUGGAUAACCAACAGCUUGGAGGACCCGAGUGGAUUCGAUUCUCUCUCACUCCUCGGCCACUCAACUGCUCCUUGUCCCUGACCCCGCGGUGGGGAUGAAUAACUCAACUCAUUUCGGGCCGCUUUUCUCAGAGGCAAAGAUGGGUCAGGGUGGGAUGUUACAUUGGUGUUGAGACUCUUUGGAUCCGUUUCGUGGGUACCGAGGACGCCUGGGUACGCGGGACAGUCUGCACCCGCCUGCCAGAGGCGCCCCAUCGAGGCGGCGCGGGUGAAGCUCCCGGCCCCACCUACGGGGCGGGGCUCCGGCUCGGUCCGACUAUUGCCCGCGGUGGGGGAGGGGGAUGGAUCACGCCACGCGCCAAAGGCGAUCGCGACUCUCCUUCUGCAGGUAGCCUGGAAGGCUCUCUCUCUCUUUCUCUACGCUACCCUUUUCAUGACACUGAAAAGCCCCGUCCUCUCCUCCCAGUCCCGCCUCCUCCGAGCGCUCCCCCCACUGCCUGGAAUGGUGCGGUCCCAGGUCGCGGGUCACGCGGCAGAGGGGGCGUGGCCUGCCCCCGGCCCUGCCGGCUCUUCUUUGCCUCUGCUGGAGUCCGGGGAGUGGCGUUGGCUGCUAGAGCGAUGCCGGGCCGGAGUCGCGUCGCCUUAGUCCUCCUGGCUGCCGCCGUCAGCUGUGCCGUCGCGCAGCACGCGCCGCCGUGGACAGAGGACUGCAGAAAAUCAACCUAUCCUCCUUCAGGACCAACGUACAGAGGUCCAGUUCCAUGGUACACCAUAAAUCUUGACUUACCACCCUACAAAAGAUGGCAUGAAUUGAUGCUUGACAAGGCACCAAUGCUAAAGGUCAUAGUGAAUUCUCUGAAGAAUAUGAUAAAUACAUUCGUGCCAAGUGGAAAAAUUAUGCAGGUGGUGGAUGAAAAAUUGCCUGGCCUACUUGGCAACUUUCCUGGCCCUUUUGAAGAGGAAAUGAAGGGUAUUGCCGCUGCUACUGAUAUACCUUUAGGAGAGAUUAUUUCAUUCAAUAUUUUUUAUGAAUUAUUUACCAUUUGUACUUCAAUAGUAGCAGAAGACAAAAAAGGUCAUCUAAUACAUGGGAGAAACAUGGAUUUUGGAGUAUUUCUUGGGUGGAACAUAAAUAAUGAUACCUGGGUCAUAACUGAGCAACUAAAACCUUUAACAGUGAAUUUGGACUUCCAAAGAAACAACAAAACUGUCUUCAAGGCUUCAAGCUUUGCUGGCUAUGUGGGCAUGUUAACAGGAUUCAAACCAGGACUGUUCAGUCUUACACUGAAUGAACGUUUCAGUAUAAAUGGUGGUUAUCUGGGUAUUCUAGAAUGGAUUUUGGGAAAGAAAGAUGCCAUGUGGAUAGGGUUCCUCACUAGAACAGUUCUGGAAAAUAGCACAAGUUAUGAAGAAGCCAAGAAUUUAUUGACCAAGACCAAGAUAUUGGCCCCAGCCUACUUUAUCCUGGGAGGCAACCAGUCUGGGGAAGGUUGUGUGAUUACACGAGACAGAAAGGAAUCAUUGGAUGUAUAUGAACUCGAUGCUAAGCAGGGUAGAUGGUAUGUGGUACAAACAAAUUAUGACCGUUGGAAACAUCCCUUCUUCCUUGAUGAUCGCAGAACGCCUGCAAAGAUGUGUCUGAACCGCACCACCCAAGAGAAUAUCUCAUUUGAAACCAUGUAUGAUGUCCUGUCAACAAAACCUGUCCUCAACAAGCUGACCGUAUACACAACCUUGAUAGAUGUUACCAAAGGUCAAUUCGAAACUUACCUGCGGGACUGCCCUGACCCUUGUAUAGGUUGGUGAGCACACGUCUGGCUUACAGAAUGCGGCCUCUGAGACAUGAAGACACCAUCUCCAUGUGACCGAACACUGCAGCUGUCUGACCUUCCAGAGACUAAGACUCGCGGCAGGUUCUCUUUGAGUCAAAAGCUUGUCUUCCUCCAUCUGUUGACAAAUGACAGACUUUUUUUUUCCCCCUAUCAGUUGAUUUUUCUUAUUUACAGAUAACUUGUUUAGGGGAAGUAAAACAAUCAUCUAGAAUUCAUUGAGUUUUGUUUCACUUUGACAUUUGGGGAUCUGGUGGGCAGUCGAACCAUGGUGAACUCCACCUCCGUGGAAUAAAUGGAGAUUCAGCGUGGGUGUUGAAUCCAGCACGUCUGUGUGAGUAACGGGACAGUAAACACUCCACAUUCUUCAGUUUUUCACUUUUACCUACAUAUUUGUAUGUUUUUCUGUAUAACAGCCUUUUCCUUCUGGUUCUAACUACUGUUAAAAUUAAUAUAUCAUUAUCUUUGCUGUUAUUGACAGCGAUAUAAUUUUAUUACAUAUGAUUAGAGGGAUGAGACAGACAUUCACCUGUAUAUUUCUUUUAAUGGGCACAAAAUGGGCCCUUGCCUCUAAAUAGCACUUUUUGGGGUUCAAGAAGUAAUCAGUAUGCAAGGCAAUCUUUUAUACAAUAAUUGAAGUGUUCCCUUUUUCAUAAUUACUCUACUUCCCAGUAACCCUAAGGAAGCUGCUAACUUAAAAAACCGCAUCCCAGGUUCUGUUAAUUUAGUAAAUAAACAAGUCAAAGACUUGUGGAAAAUAGGAAGUGAACCCAUAUUUUAAAUUCUCAUAAGUAGCAUUCAUGUAAUAAACAGGUUUUUAGUUUGUUCUUCAGAUUGAUAGGUAGUUUUAAAGAAAUUUUAGUAGUUACUAAAAUUAUGUUACUUUAUUUUUCAGAAAUCAAACUGCUUAUGAAAAGUACUAAUAGAACUUGUUAACCUUUCUAACCUUCACGAUUAACUGUGAAAUGUAUGUCAUUUGUGCAAGACCGUUUGUCCACUUCAUUUUGUAUAAUCACAGUUGUGUUCCUGACACUCAAUAAACAGUCAUUGGAAAGAG